GCGUGGCUAGAAUAGGGGGCGGGGCCAGAUGGCUCCUGCCUAGAGAAGGUUUGUGAAAUGACCUCGGGGACGGAGCGUCUCUUCUUGUUUUCCUGAUCUCUUACUGUGAAAUAAAGGAGUGCAUCCGAAAACAGAAGAAUUGCAAUCAAAAGGUGCAGCAGUUCCUAUCAGAAGUCUUCCUUGAGAUGUUCUCAUUCCAGCUCAUUGAGGCUGUGCUCCCUUUCGUUCAUUCCCAGACCGUGGGAGUCAUCCUGCACUUGGGAAAUGGUUGUUUGUGUGAAGUAAUUCAGGCAAUCGUGGGGUUUUCUGCAUGCUGAAGGGCCAGGAGGAUGGGAGAGGAGCUCCACAGAGGGAUGCAAGGACCAUGGUGACGGUAGUAAUUUCUGUCAUUCCAAUGUGGCAGAGUUAUACUGUAAGAAUAUGACAGCUGAAGGUACCAGUUGUAGCUUCAGGGCUGUUGAUUAGAGAUGUGCUCAUUAAUAGGUGGCAGGCAGCUUUUGGUGAGUGAAUUAUCCCUUUCCACUUCACCCUUGGGAAGUUUUAAGGGUAUUUCCAUCUCUGUUGAGGUUCAGAUUUGUUGUAUAAAUAAUCCUUAAAGGUCCCUUGCAACUCUAAGGGCUCCAUAAAAUGUAGCGAGGGUGGUUUUAGGACAAGAUGAUGGUUUUUGACAGAACGUUUGGAAGGUCAGCAUGGUAUGAUUUGGGAUCACGGUGUCAUCAGUGCAGCUCUGUCUGUGAUAUCCUCUGUCAGAGAUAAACUUGGAGCAAUGCAGUGGGUGUCGAGCUGCGUGCCCUCCUGCACCUCAGCCUUGCUCUUGAAGAAGCUACAGGCCUUCAAGCUACCAAGCAGCUCAGCACUGCACAGCCUCCCCAGUCUUAUAGUUCCACUUGACACCAUAAGCCAAAGCACAGCAUCGCACCAACCACUAUGGAGAAAAUUAACUGUGUCCCAGAUGAAACCAGGACAGCCUCACUGGACUGGAAGCACCGCAGUCUUCCCUUGGUUCGGCCUGGACAUCGGUGGGACCUUGGUCAAACUUGUUUAUUUUGAACCAAAGGACAUCACUGCCGAAGAGGAGGACGAAGAAGUGGAAAACCUCAAAAACAUCCGCAAGUACCUGACGUCAAACGUGGCCUACGGAUCCACAGGCAUUCGGGAUGUGCACCUUGAACUAAAGGACCUUUCCCUGUGUGGACGUAAAGGCAAUCUGCACUUUAUACGCUUUCCUACCCAUGACAUGCCUGCUUUUAUUCAAAUGGGAAGCGAAAAGCACUUCUCGAGCCUCCAUACUACCUUAUGUGCCACGGGAGGUGGAGCGUACAAAUUUGAGCAGGACUUUCUCACAAUGGGUGACCUUCAGCUUCGUAAGCUGGAUGAGCUCGACUGCCUUAUUAAAGGAGUCCUGUACAUCGAUUCCGUUGGGUUCAAUGGCCGUUCAGAGUGCUACUAUUUCCAACACCCAACCGACACCGAACGCUGUCAGAAGCUCCCGUUCACUUUGAGGAAUCCCUACCCUCUCCUUCUGGUGAACAUUGGCUCAGGGGUCAGCAUUUUGGCUGUGUAUUCGAAGGAGAACUACAGACGGGUGACGGGCACCAGUCUCGGAGGGGGAACCUUCUUUGGGCUCUGCUGCCUUCUCACGGGUUGCUCCACCUUUGAGGAGGCCAUGGAGAUGGCAUCCCGUGGGGACAGCACCAAAGUGGACAAGUUGGUGAGGGACAUUUAUGGAGGAGACUACGAGCGGUUCGGGCUGCCAGGCUGGGCCGUAGCAUCCAGUUUUGGAAACAUGAUGAGCAAGGAGAAGAGGGAAUCUGUGAGCAAAGAGGACCUGGCCAAGGCCACCUUGAUAACCAUCACCAACAACAUCGGCUCCAUCGCGCGGAUGUGUGCGCUCAAUGAGAACAUCGACCGGGUCGUCUUCAUUGGCAAUUUCCUCCGGAUCAACACCAUCUCCAUGAAGCUUCUGGCCUAUGCUUUGGACUACUGGUCGAAGGGACAGCUGAAAGCACUGUUCUUGGAACACGAGGGUUACUUUGGUGCAGUUGGUGCUCUGCUGGAGCUCCUGGACUCAGCCUGAUCCAUCCAGGUUCCAUACGUUCGAGCAAUGAAGUCACAGUGCCCACAUGAAGCUUUAAAGCACUUUCAUCAAUGCCUCUGAGUGCUGUAUGUCUGUUUAAUUCCCAUAUUACAGGUGUCAGCUGCAAGGUUCUGUGUUCUGCAGAUGAAAGAUGUCACAUUCUCAUUGUCCUACAAAUCUGUGGAGGGGUGAGAACUGCAGCACAUAACAGCAUAAGGACCAUUCCUGUUCCCUCCAGACCCCACAGUGCUCUGCUGGACACAGUCAUGCUAUCAGCAGGGCUGCAUAUAACAAUACCAAAGAGUUUACUGUUUCUUUCAGUCAUGUAUUUGGGAUUUGUUCUGUAAUGCUUCAUUCAGUGCUUAUACACUAAAGUAGUCUGGGGGGUGAAGCUGCCCUUCCCAUAUACACA